AUGAAUUCCAGGCGUACUGUGCUUUCGUCCUUGACAAAACGUGUUAGCCAAAUACGUAAUGUUUGUAUAUUGGCUCAUGUUGAUCAUGGAAAAACUACUAUGGCUGAUGCUCUGCUGGCCACCAAUGGAAUUGUGUCUUCACGCCAAUCCGGGAAAUUACGUUAUAUGGACAACACUGAAGCAGAGCAAGAGCGUGGGAUAACAAUGAAAUCUAGUGUAAUUGGGCUUGUUUUCAAUCGGACUAUCUCUCCUUCAGAUAAAAACAGUGAAAAUUACUAUCUCAUAAAUCUAGUCGACUCUCCUGGGCAUGUUGACUUUUCUUCCGAAGUUUCAACAGCAGUUCGUCUGUGUGAUGGUGCAAUCAUUGUGAUUGAUGUUGUUGAAGGAGUAUGUCCACAGACACGUACAGUGCUUCGUCAGGCUUGGGAUGAAAGAUCCACUCUGUUAUUAGUUCUUAAUAAAGUUGAUCGAUUGAUUUUGGAGUUGAAGAUGACACCAUUACAAGCCUAUGAGACAAUGUGUCGAUCAAUAGAACAAGUGAAUUCAGUUCUUGCUGAAAUGUAUUCUGCAGAUGUGAUGCGUCAAAGGAACAGUCUGUGGGAAACAAGUCUUAGUAAUCAAAAACCUUCAAGUGCCUUAAACAGUGAUACUGCCUAUGAUUGGAGCACUGGUCUUGAAAAAGCUGAUGACUCGAAUUUAUACUUUUCACCUGAAAAAGGCAAUGUUGUCUUUUGUUCUUCUGUUGACUCAUGGGGUUUUCGUAUUGACCAGUUUAGUAAAACAUGGUCUGAACGCUUGUCAAUACCUUGUUCAGUGUUACAAAACUCGCUAUGGGGUGAUUUUUAUCUAACUGCUGCUGCGGCUGCCUCUUCUACAGAGUCGAAUAAUAAAAUGACUGUCAAGACAAAUGCUAAACAAAAACAAAAGAAGCCUAUUUUUGUCCAGUUAGUUUUAGAGCCUUUAUGGAAUGCAUAUCAGACCUUAUUAUUGGAUGAUAAACGAGACAAAGUGUUUACAAUGGCUGAAAAAGUUGGUGUCAAGCUGGACCAACGUGUUAUCCGUAAUGUUGAUAGUCGUGGAGUUCUACGCGCUUUGCUAAGUGCUUGGCUUCCUUUGGGUCAUACAUUAAUGCAGGCUAUAACAGAUAUCUGUCCUAGCCCGUCUAAAGCAGUAUCUGCUGAUCGAGCUGUACAUAUGCUCUACGGAGAUACAGUUCUGUGUGAUCUACCACCUCUUUUGAAGGCAGACAGUCCCAUUUCAAUUGAUCAGACAUCACGUGUACCGAUAAAUUCAGUCUAUUCAUCGUCGGGUGCUAGUUUGGCUCUUCAAGCGUGUGACUCCUCUGCAGAAUCGCCAACUAUUAUUUUCGUCGCUAAAGUAUUUUGGACGGAUAAGCUACGGCCUACUUCAAAUGCCUGCGAUCGUCCUGCCCCACCUGAUGAUAUAAAAUCAGAAAAUACAGAUCAUAUCAGUACUGUACUACAGUCUUGUGAUACAGAAAAUUCAGAUAUUAGUCAUCCAUGUGUUGUUUCCCAACCUUCUCUUUGUAACACUCCAGCCAGACAAGCUAAUACUAGUCUACGAUCUCCUUUGGUAUCGUGUAAUCCAUUCGCCGAUACUGAUUUUGUUGCUUUAGCUAGAGUUUUUAGCGGCACCGUUUAUCCUGGUCAAAAGUUAUUUGUUCUUGGACCGAAAUUCGAUGGCCGAAAGGUGCCUUCAUAUCUCUUGGAUGCAGAUCCGGAAAAUUUCCCACUUGGUCCUGUUCGUCUACGAAAUGAAGAAGAAGAAGGAGAUUUGGGUCUUUCAAGUACCAGUAAUCAUAACAAUUCAUUCGAUGAUCUUGGUAAAGCCAGCUCAGUGAAUUCUGGCUCGUUCUCUAUCAGUCGUUCAGGAUCCGUUGGUGGUGGUUCAAGUGAAUUUCGACUAUCCGGUCCAAGAUAUCUACGUCAUGUUUAUGUCGCUUCGGUUGUUCGUGUCCUUCAACUGUUGGGUAGUCAGUCAGAUAUGGUUGAAAUUGUUGAUCCUGUACCAGCUGGGAAUAUAGUUGGCCUUACUGGACCCGAUCUGAUUGCAUGUCUGCCUAAAUCUGGUCUUCUAGUUAGCCGAUUAUCACUGGUCGCUUCGAUGGCUAGUAAAACAGAUAAUAAUUCUGAGACUGAAAUCGCCCCUGUUCUACCUUUAGCUGGUUUAGCUGUUUGGCAUGGUGCACCAGUUAUUUCGGUCGCUGUUGAACCAGCAUCUGCUGCUAAUCCUGAAGAUGUUUAUCGACUGGAACGUGGUCUUCGUCUGUUAGAUCGAGCUGACCCGUGUGCAGAGGUUUUGUCAUUUGGUUUUUGA